AUGUCAAGAAGUUCAAGAAUUGGUGAUAGUAGAGGCGGUGGUGAUGAUGGUAGCAAUGGUUUCAAUGAUGCGGAUGAUGAUAAUAAUAAUAAUGGCUUGAUAGGAGGUGCCUUAAAUUCAAUCUUUAAAACAAAAAAUUUAGUUUUCAACAAAACCAAAAUCUUGAAUUUUACACCAACUUGGUUACAAGUACCUGUAAGCUAUAUUUAUCGAGUUUCUAAUAAAUAUCAAAUACUGAGAGAUUUAACUUUUAUUUGGGCUGCUUUAUUUGCUAUACCAUUAUUCACAUUCAUUGUUUGGACAAUUGGAUCUUUAUCAAUUACUCUUAUCAUAUGGCUUUUUACAUAUUUUGUAGUAAAUAUUAUAACAAUUGGAACUGGAUUCUUGAUUCUUUUACCAAUUGCAGCAAUCACUUUCUUUACAUCAAUAAUUGAAUCGUUAUAA